GGGACUUCCUGGGGAAAAAUGUUGGUGUUUGGUUAUUUUUGGAAAUUAAAAUUUAUUAUUUGUAAUUAAUCGUCAACAUACUUUGAUAUUGAAUUUAAUAAUUCAAUGCAAUCUUCAGUGCUAUCAAUAUGGAGGCGGCAGGGCAAUCCUUCGAUAAGGCAUUUGCUGAGGAAAUAGACAUCAAUGAACUGCAGUUUCAUGAGAUUGUUGGUAAAGGUGCGUUUGGUGUGGUGAGUAGAGCCAAAUGGAGGAACAUUGAUGUAGCAGUGAAAAUUAUAGAGACCGAGUCGGAGAAAAAGGCGUUCAUUACUGAGCUAAAACAACUGUCCAGGGUGUCGCAUCCCAACAUAGUCAAACUGUAUGGAGCUUGUACAAAAGCACCAGUGUGCCUUGUUAUGGAAUAUGCUGAGGGUGGAUCUCUUUACAAUGUUCUCCACGGAUCUGGACCACAACCGAACUACACCGCAGCCCAUGCCAUGAGCUGGGCAUUCCAGACAGCACAGGGAGUUGAAUAUCUACACAACAUGAGGCCCAAGGCUCUCAUACACAGAGACCUCAAGCCUCCAAAUUUGCUUCUCAUAAUGGGUGGAACCGUGUUAAAGAUUUGUGAUUUCGGCACAGCCUGUGAUAUUCAAACCCACAUGACCAACAACAAAGGAAGUGCUGCCUGGAUGGCACCAGAGGUCUUUGAAGGGUGUAACUACAGUGAGAAGUGUGAUGUGUUCAGCUGGGGCAUCAUUCUGUGGGAGGUCAUCACACGCAGGAAACCGUUUGACGAGAUCGGAGGCCCAGCAUUCAGAAUCAUGUGGGCCGUUCAUAAUGGAAAACGGCCUCCUUUGAUCCGAGGUUUACCGAAACCAUUAGAGAUUCUUAUGACACGAUGCUGGUCUGGUAAUUCCAGUGAAAGGCCAUCAAUGACGGAAGUAGUUCGGAUUAUUACACACCUGUUUCAGUUCUUCAAGGGUGCCGAUGAACCUCUUGUAUCUCCAGCACAAGCUGAAACUGGUGAUGAAAUACACUACACUCACCACCUUGUGAUGACGUCACCCGACAAUCACCCGAUCACCGUGCACUCGCCGUCGGUCACUCAACCCAUGACGGAGUCUAGGCUCGGCACGAACAGUGACACCGUCAAGUUUGGGAUUGACAGGGGAGACCCUGUGCCAGUUUUCACUCCCACUGCCCAGAGAAACACCCCACCCAUUGUGGUGGAGGAGGGUCGAAGUCAGAAGAGUGCUCCACCAUCAUUAGCUGCCAGUCGUGAGAGUCUGCAUGAGCCCAGAGGGUCAAGGUCAGGCACACCAGUCAAUGUUUUCCACCGGUAUUCGGCUGACCUCUCCAAACUAGAAGAAUAUGACAUCAUGUCACAAGCAAACCAACCAACCAAUCCACAACGUGUACUAGGUCACCGUAGAUCAGGCUCUCAUGGCACUCCAGUGGUGUUGACACCAACCGGCCCGCCAAAUACACCACAGCCAGCAGAUUACAACCAAUUUGAUGCAUUGAUGUUGCCACAUAUCCACUUUAAGAGACCAUUCUUUAGAGGUCAAGGUCACAGGAGGAUAGGAUCUGAUGAAUAUACCCGAGUGUCUGCCGGAACGUCAAGUUCCUCGUCUACUCCCCGCACCGGCAGUCCUGCCCGGAUGUUCAACACUGUGCAGCACUGCAACACAUACCCGGGCCUACUGAGCGAGGCAGCACAAGGGGUUGAGCCCCCUGGUGUGGUGUUGAGGCAGGGGAUUGGAUCACCCCCCAACCGAUCCAUCUCGCACCCGUGUCCGUCGAACACCAAGAUCCAGAAUGUGACGCAUUCGACGUCGUGGAGUACAGAGACUACCAGCCAGGUUCCCGCCACAGCAGCAAGUCCACUGAAUGCUAAUGUGCCGGCCUCUGCCAUGAAUAUGGUAUACUUGUCUCUGGAUCACCAGCUACAGCCGCUGGCACCAUACCCUGGACACCCUGAAUCCAUGGCUAUCUUUGAACGCCAUUGCCAGCUUGCUCAGCAGUAUGUACGGACACAGACUGAGAUAGCUCUUCUAAUGCAAAGGAAACAUGAGUUGAUCAAGGAGUUUGAGCAGGAUGAGAAGGAAUCGUUGAGCAGCACACGGGGACAUUUGGCCGAGGAAUACUCACAACUGAACGCUGAAAACGAGAGUUUACUCACAGCUCACCAGACUUUGAAGAAACAGAUUGAGGACGUUCGCAAAGCCAAGAAGUACAUCAACCAUAAUCCAACAUGACAACUGACUCGGGUCCUGUUUCCGAGUUUGCAGAUAUGCAGAUUCUCUCAAGCUCUGUGCUUCAUUUAACCUGGUUCUAUUGUAUGCAUCGUCAUGCUGAAUUUUGAGUUCUGUUAACUAAAUCAUGUAGUAAAAGUGUGGAAUCGUCACAGUAAAUUUCCAUUUUGGCUUGACACCAUGUAGGAUUCGUUAGUUUGGAUUGACAACAAUCAGAAUACAUGUAGUUUAUUCACAGCUUACCUGACUUUGAAAAAAGCUGCAGUUGAGGAUUUAUCUAUUUUGAAAUAUUUAUUGAUCAGAGAAAAGUCAUAAGGACUGCACAACAGGCAGAGCCUAUAUACAUGUAAGUGCUCUCCUAAUCUGUCAAGUGCAGAAGAAUUCAUCACAGGAAUGUGUGCAGAAAAAUGAGCAGGGGUAUCUAGACUGGCAAGCAAUGUUUCUGUGUGUGUGUGUGUGUGUGUGUGUGUGUGUGUGUGUGUGUGUGUGUGUGUGUGUGUGUGUGUGUGUGUGUGUGUGUGUGUGUGUGUGUGUGUGUGUGAGACAAAUGUUUGAGAGAAAGUCACCAGUCAUUACAUAAGCUUUGAAUAGUACACUAGGUAUUACAGUAAUACAGUUGAUAAUAUUCACUAGCCCAGACCAAAUAAUUUACUGGCCAGGACUGAGGGUUAGUGGAUUUGUCAAGCUUUGGCUAGUGCCCUAUGUAUUAUAGUAAUACAGAUGAUAAUUUCUACUAGCUCAGAACACAAAUUCACUAGCCGGGACUGAGAGAUAGUGGAUUUGUCAAACCCUUGGGUUGGAUCACCUCCAAAAUAUAUAUAUAUUUAAAAAGAACUCUCUCUGCACACACACCUGCAAUCUUACGGCAGACGUGAGUUCUACUUCAUAGUUUUCAGAUUGGAAGAUUUACUCUAAUUUCUAUGGUCAGUAACCUGGGUUUUUUUUGUAGAUCAUGAGAUUGUUUUGUAGUAUUACUUGUAUGUUAUCACACUGAAUUUCAGUUUGGGUUGACAAGAUCAUCAUGUAGUAUUAGUUCGGAAUCAUCAUAAUAAAUUUAAUUUCAGUUGACUAAGAUCAUCCAACACUGCUUCUGAACCAUCACCAUAAAGUUGAGCUGGAGUUGAAAGAUUAUAUUACACUGAAAUAUUAUAUAUAGCAUUAGUUCUCAAUCAGGCCAGAUUUGAGUUUGGGAUGACUGAAUCAUGUAGCUUUAAUUCUGAAUCGGACUAAUUUUGAUUUUGGGAUGACUGGAAGGGUUGUAAAUCAAAUAAAUUUAAGUUUAGUUUGACAUAAUCAUGUAGAACUAGUUACGAUGAAUCACCUCACUACAUUUUUAGUUUAGGUUGAUAAAAUUGUGGAGUUUGGUUUGACAAAAAUCAUGUAGUAUUAAAAAUUUUGCAUCAUCACACUAAAUUUGACAAAAUUGUGUAUUGUUAGUGAAUUCAGACUGAGUUUGGUUUGAGAAAAAUCAUGCAGUAUUAAUUCUGUAUCAUCACACUAAAGUUGACAAAAUUGUAUUUUUUUAGUGAAUUCAGACUGAGUUUGGUUUGACACAAAUCAUGUAGAAUAAGUUUGAAUCAUCACAUUUAAAAUUUGACUUUAUGUUGAAAGAAUAGAGUAUCACUAACCAUAAUACAGAAUUUCAGGUUUGGCAAAGAAUCAAACUAGAGACCAUGUAAUAUGUUAGGACGGUUACCACAGGACUUGGCCUGCUUAUUUUGCAAGCACAAAUUGAUUAUUAUUAUGUAAAUACAUGUACAUUAUUCAUCAAUGAUGAUACUUUGUAAUAUAAUCAAACAAAAUCUGAUAAAUAUGGAUUAACUUGGGAAAAUAAUUUUGUCCAUAUUUCUUCACAGUGAAAUAUGGUGGAUAUGUCUGCUGGUCAAAUAAUAUGCUUAUAUCCAGUAUUAUAGGUAUAAUAUUUAGUUUAUCAGACAAUUUGCAGUGUUUUUGUGUUGUUGUUUUUAUGCAGUAGUUGUAAAUAACAUUGAGGUUAGAGUUGCAUGGAUUACAGUGGGUUUUUUUUGGUGAAAUACCCAGUUAGAAAAAGGAAAUUAUUUUCACUAGGCAUACUAAACAUUAAUAUUUUAUUAUUCAACAUGGUUUCCUCAAUCUAAGGCAGAACAAAUAAAUAUCAAUAUCUUUGAUGAUUUUUACAUGACUAGACCUGUAUAUAUAAUAAUGAGUGUGUGUUCCUCUUCAAGUAAUGUUAGCUACAAUGAGCCUUUUUGCAAAUAAUGUUAAAAACAUUAUAAUUAGCUAAAAAAAAUUAAGCUAAUUAUUAAAAACAUAUUGCUACAUAGCUAUAUUUCAAAUAUAUACCAAAAUUUACUGAAUAAGGUACCUGUAUGAUGAAUAUGUCAUUGGUUGAAUAAAAUCUUUUCUGAAAAAAUAUUUAAUGCUGUAUUAUAUAUUUCUGAGUAAUAUUUUACUAAGUCAAAGAUCUGUGACUUCAUUUUACUUGAUAUGUUGCAUUAAGAUGUUAAGAAUUUUAUAGGUGGGUGUUGGCUUUUUCUGUGUGUCUCUGUGCGUGUGUGUGUGUGUGUGUGUGUGCGCGUGUGCGUGUGUGUGUGUGCAUGUGUGUGUGUGUGUGUGUGUGUGUGGAAUCUGAGUGUGUCUGGAAUUUUCAUCCAAAGUUUAAAACACAGAGAUAAUGUGGCAUUUUAAACAGUAUAAUGAAAAUGUUCUUAUUAAUAGAAUGUAUUCACUUUUAAUACUUUAUUAAUGGGAUGUUAAAUUAAAGCCACUUAACCUAAUUACUAGUCAGUGUAAAAUAUUGGUGACCGUUGAUUUACACACUAGUUACACUGUCUUGCUCAAAUGAUUAAUUUUAACAAAUUCAAUGUUUCUGGUCCUCAUAUUUGUAGUAGCUCAAAAUAUAUCUAAAAUAAAAAAGGUAUGCACCUCAGACACAAGGGAAAGUGACUUUAAUACAUAUGUUUUCCAGCUAUAACAUAAUAAAACUGUAUAUACACGUAUGCAUUUUAUGUUUUAUUUAAUAUCUUUCAUUUGUCCAAGCUGUAUGUAUGAAAUUAUGAGUAUUAUUUGAGUGGCUAAAUUGUUAAUUAGUACACUUAACAUCCUGUGUCAUGAUGUAUAAUCCUUAGCAGGAUUUUUAUCAUAGACUAUUUUACAGAUAUAUGUGUGUCACAUGUAGUUAUUCUGGAUGGUGUAACCUUGUUAUAGGUGAAUGUAAUCUUGGCUUUGUUAUUUGCUUUACAGUUGUGCUUGUAUUUUAGGGUUAGACUCUUUGUAAAUAAAUGUAACAUACGAUUGUGAAUAAAUUUUGUACAGAUCUGA